AUGCAGACCGUCAGAAUAUUAUUAUCAUCUCCUAAUCGCCGUCGUCAACGACACUCUCGACACCGUCCCGACGGAUCGCUCGUUUUCGCCGUCGUUGCCGAAUCACUUGGCAACGCACACACUUGUAACGUGCCGGAAUCCUGGCCGCCUUUUUGCGAACCAUCUUCGCUCAAAAAUAAUAUUGUCUACCGCAGCCAUGAGCCUAGGCAAGAUGACGAAAAAGCCAAGCGGUGCCGUGUCCUCCGCAGAGGAACCCGUCUUCGAGGGAAUCGUCCAAAAGGUACGUCGUCGCUAGACCAAGACGACGUCUUGUGUCAUACUUACCCGUGUCGCGGACAGCUCUCGGUCAACAGAUUCGUCUGUGACUUGAGUUCUGAUAUUUGGAUUAGCUGGUAUUUUGAGAUAUAA